AAUCCUUCAGUCUGUAAUCAUCUGGAAAGGAGCAGUUUAGAGGAAGAGCUACCGCGGAACACUCUCGUCCACAAUGGCUUUUCGCACGAGCGCCAUUGCCAUAGUGGCCGCAAUUUGUUUGGCGACGCUGCACGCAACUCCAGCACUGGCUAUCAAUUGCAAAGUUCCGGCAAUUGAGAAUGGAAGGCGACAACAGAUCACCGUUUCCCACCCCGGACACGCACAGUAUUCGUGCUCCUUGGGUUUCAUGCUGGUGGGUGAGGCUCGACCAGGAUGCAAUGCUCAAGGCCAGCUCAGUACCGUGCCAAGCUGCCAAAAAUCCUGCGUAGAGAGUGCUAACUGUCCGCAGGGACUUGUCUGCCGUGCUGGUUCGCAGGAAAUGUGUGCAUGGCCGUUGAACCUCAGGGACCAAUACAACAUUAAUAGGAGGACAGUGUAUUUGCACACCAGCGAUAGGGGGUGGUACAGCCAUGCCAUGGCUGGAGCCAUCUGCCGAUCCAUGGGACUCUCCCUGCCCACCGAGACACUGGGAACGAGGAUACAAAUGUUCCUGCGGGCAAAUUUUCGCCGGGCUUAUAAAACUGUCUGGACGCGUCAGGUUGUUGGCAACGAAGCAAUAUACCUCUCCUCGGUUAGUGCUCGCAUGCUCCGCCGUGGGAAAAGGAGUAUGAGCGUGCAUCAAAGAAACUUUUUCAACAGCCUUCUGAAAUUAAAGACGGCCGUCACUACGGGAUUGAGCGGCCUCGUGUGCGAGGAAGCGUCCAAAGCGCUCACAUGUUCAGGUUACAAUCUGGUAAUCAGCCACGAAAAGGUCACCAGAGACACCGCAGUGUCCACCUGUCGUCAAUACGGUAUGAAUCUGCUGAGACAGAAGUGGGCGCAGAGACUGCACAGCAAUGAGUGCUUCCAGGAGGCCACCGCACACUUCCCAAGAGAGCACGUGAGGACUAUCUGGAUCUGGAGGAAAAAGACCAACAAGUUUUUGGAAUACACUACCCUGACUAACAGCGUGAGGACACCGCAAAAGACUUCAAACGCCUACAUCUGUGCAAGCAAAGACAAUCAAUAGACUUAAUACGCCUAUCACGUCGUUCGG